AUGAAGAAGCUGUCCACCACGCCCACCAGUGUUGCCGGCCGUGCUCAAACCGUUCUUUUCACUAGUAAAGCCGACGUUAGCAAAUCACUAGACAGCGCACGUCCGCACUUGAACAGCGAGGAGAUGUCCAUUAACGCAGAGGACACGCACGUCGAGUAG